AUGGCCGAUUUACAAGAAAAUGAAAUGGAUUUUGAAAAAAUCGUUAGGGAGGUAGAAAUUGGUAUUAAAGAUUUAAGUAAAAAUAAAAGAGGUAUAGAAGCAAGAGGUGGAGCAGAAUUAUUAAGAAAUAGAAUAGGAAGAGCAAAACAAAUUUUAAGAUCAUAUAAAUUAGAUUUUAGAGAAUUAGCUAAAAAUGAACAAAAACCCUAUCAAGAUAAAGCAAAUCAAUAUGAAGAACAAAUAAAAACAUUAGAGAAUGAUUUAAAUUGGGCAGAAAAGAAUAGUGAAAAUGGUGGUGGAGGUGGUGGUAGUGGUGGUAAUAAUAGUCAAUCAAUAGAUACAGAAUAUCAAGAAACAAUGCAAAAAGCAAAGAAAAUUCAACAACAAGAUAUAGAUACAACACAUAGAAUUUUAUCAGAAGUUGGUCAAAUUAAUGAAGUUGGUACAUCCACUUUAGAGGAGAUGGCAGUUCAAGAGGAACAAAUGAAAAGAAUUCAAAAAGAUAUGGAAGAAAUUGAUGGUAACUUAAAAUUAGCAACUAGACAAAUGAGAGCAUUCGCUAGAAAAAUGGCAACUGAUAAACUUAUUAUGGGUCUUGUACUAUUAAUUGUUGCUGCUAUCAUUUUUGUAAUCGUUUAUUCAAUCGUUAAACCUAAAUCUAAAACUGUUCAACAAAAUGUUACUGGUUCAACCCAAUAA